UGCACUUCAGUGUUCAUGUCAAACUGCAGUUUCAGUGAGGAGAUCAGAACAUCAUGAUGCUGCUUCCACUGAAUUUGUUUGGUAUGUUGAUGCUUUGGUGCUGUUGGCUAAUGGAUGUUAAAGGUCAGGAUGUGUGUCAAUCAAAUUUUACUGGGCGAAUUAACUUAACUACAGAGCUGCAGUCUGAAAUCCUGCUACCAUGCUACUUUGAAGAAGCCUUCAUUAAAACAAACCAGACUCCAAAUGCAUGUGUUGUGUGGACUCACAUAAAUGAAACAUUUAAAGACAUUGUAGAGGUCACAGUAAGUGGUGAGGUAAAGUUCUGGAAUAGCAGAGACGGGAGAAUCAAGGCAUUCCCUUAUAUCCCUGGCUCUAGAAACUUCUCCAUUCUUAUUCGAAAUGUGACAAAGUCUGAUCUGGGUCUCUACUACUGCAAACUAUUCAGAGAGACAAACUGUUUGCUAGGCUACAUGAAGAUAAACAUAAGUCUUGCUUCUGUGAACAUCUACUGGCAGCUCCUAUUAGGAGGAGGAGGAUUUCUGCUUCUUUGUCUGAUUCCAGCAUGUGCUUUCUACACAUAUACAAAGAGACGAUCAGUCCCAAGUUCACACAAUUGCCAUAACAGUGUUGGACAAAUAUUUGAACAAACAGAUGAAAUAACCUAUGCCUCAGUUGUUCAUAGCCGCAAUGACAGCAAUGCUCUUAUGAGUGAGAAGAACAGCUCCACCCCUGAAUCAGACCUUCUGAACUCUGAAACUGACGUCUUAUAUGCUACCGUGAAAGAAAGAGGAAGGCAGAAGAUGAAAGAUUAAGCAUCAAAGCACUGAGAUAUACAACUAUUUUAAGAAAACCCCUAUAAGUUAUUAUUUGUCUCCUGCCAUUUUUAUUUGCCAUUCUGCUGGUUUGAUAUCUCAGGUCAGAAGGAAUACAUCCUGAAAACUGUUAUUUCUUUACUUUAUCAACUUUCAGUCAUGCUAAUGGUAGUUUUUAUGGUUUAUAAUAACGGAUGGAAAAGCCUGAUGAUAGAAGAAUACAGACUAAACUCCACUUUAGUUUAGUUAAAGUUCACUUUAGUUUCUAAUCUUUUUCUGUUGUGUUUUAUUGAGUCUAGUUGUGUCUUAUCAAGUACUUUAUUCUCUACUGAGUUUUAUUGAGAAUAAGCCUAGACUGUGCUGUUUUCUCACCUAAACCACAAAAACAACCUGAAAUCUUUGCACUAGUCCAGAAAAACAGACAGGACCACAGGUGCAAGAUGCGUGACAAUGAAUUGAGUGUUGUGGAUGUCAGUAGUGACUCAUAAACAGAGAGAGAGGAAGAACAUUAACAGAACUUGUAUAACCUGAACCUGGUUACUGCAUAUUAUAUUUUUUUACUAGUAGAGUUGAUCAAUGCCUUACUUAUAUAUAAGCCUACUUACAAGAAAUUAUUCUGUUGCAAGCUAGAACAGGAUGUUGACACACACAACCACAAAUGCAAUAACAUUAAUAAAGUGGCAUGACGCAAAUACUGCAUCAGCUGUGGAGUUUUGGUUUAAGAAUAAGUAUAAGAGUUAGCUAACUUUCACUUCAUUUUCUGUUUAUUACACCUAAAACAACAAACUUGCAGCUCAGUUGGUACAGCAUUACUGUAGUUUAGCACAAAGGUCAUGCAAGUUUGACUUGCAGAAAACAAACAAUCAGAUCAAAUGUAUAGAUUAAAUGCACUUUGGAUAAACAUACAUUUGCCAAAUACGUCAAUAUAACACAAUUUUUGUUUUCUUUCUAUAAGCUAAACAGUAUACACAUUAUCCUCCUAAGAUCUGGAUGUCAACAUAUGUGGACAUAAAUUUUUAUGAUGUUUGCACAAUAUUACUUCAUUCUGUGUAACUGGAACCUGUUGUACUCAGAAAUGGACAAAUACACUGCUUAUGUUCUUAAAAAACAAUUUGGUUAUUAUAUUUAUUGGUUCUUCCUAACCCCAAAAUUGCUGGUAGAAAUCUGAAAAAAAAAGCCAAAACCCGGGUCUCAGGAGGUCAAACAGUAAAGGUCAA